AUGCCUUCCCCCGAUGGAGGCGGCGGGACUCCCCGCUGGGUGAGGGGUUCAGGGGGGCCCCGGCUCGGCCCGAGGCUGGCAGGCUGCGCUGGGAGUUGCGCGAGGCUGGAGCUGUUGCUCCUGCUAACUUCUUGCUUGGCUCUGGCUCUGGCUCCGGCGCCAGCAGCGAGCCAGCUGCACUACUCGGUGCCCGAGGAACUGGAGCACGGAGCCUUCGUGGCCAACAUCGCCGAGGAUCUGGGGCUGGAUGUGUCUAAGCUGUCGGCCAGGCGGUUUCGCAUUGUGUCCCGGGCGGGCAGCAAGCAGCACUUGGAGGUGAACCUGGAGAACGGGAUCCUCUUCGUCAACGAGAAGAUCGAUCGCGAGGAAGUGUGCGAGGCCAGCGGGGCCUGCCUCUUGCACCUGCAGCUGGUCAUCGAGAGCCCGCUGGAGCUGUACCGCGUCGAGGUGGAGGUGCUGGACAUCAACGACAACGCGCCCAGCUUCCCCUGGCAAGAGUAUGUGCUGGAGGUGACGGAGUCGGCGCUGCCCGGCGCCCGCUUCCCCCUGGAGAGCGCGCAGGACCCGGACGUGGGCACCAACUCCCUGCGCACUUACCGGCUCAGCCCCAACGGUUUUUUCUCGCUGGAGGUGCAGACCCGCAGCGAUGGCAGCAAGUUCGCCGAGCUGGUGCUGGAGAGAAGCCUGGACCGCGAGCAGCAGCGCAGCCACCGGGUCUUGCUGACAGCUUUGGAUGGCGGCAUCCCCGAGCGCUCCGGCACGGCUCGGGUCGUGGUCACGGUGCUGGACGCCAACGACAACGUGCCCGUCUUCGAUCAGUCCUCCUACACGGUGAGUCUUCCGGAAGACGCGCCCAAGGGGACUCUGGUCAUCAGGCUGAACGCCACCGACUUGGACGAGGGCACCAACGGCGAGGUGGAGUACUCCUUCAGCGGGCACGCUCCGCCGAGGGUCCGAGAGCUCUUCAGCGUGGAGCCCCGCAGCGGGCAGGUGCGCCUGAAGGGUCAGCUGGACUAUGAGCGAGCCAACCUGCACGAGCUCUACGUGCAGGCCAAGGACCGCGGCCCCUCCGCCGUCGCGGUCCAUUGCCGGGUCUUGGUGCAUCUCGUGGAUGUCAACGACAACGCGCCCGAGGUGACCCUCACCUCGGUCUCCACGCCCGUCCUGGAGGACGCGCCUCCUGGCACCGUCAUCGCCGUGAUCAGCGUGCUGGACAGAGACUCCGGGGACAAUGGCAAGGUGAGCUGCGAGAUCCCGCCGGACGUGCCCUUCCAGCUGCAGUCCUCCUUCCACAACUACUACACCCUGGUGACCACCGACCCCCUGGACCGCGAGGCUGUGCCUGAGUACAACAUCAGCAUCACGGCUCGAGAUCGGGGCAGCCCAGCGCUGGCCACCAGGAAGACGCUGACCGUCCAUGUGUCGGACAUCAACGACAACGCGCCGCGCUUCCUGCAGCCCUCCUACAGCGUCUACGUGAUGGAGAACAACGCGCCCGGGGCGUCCAUUUGCUCGGUCAGCGCCCUGGACCCGGACUGCAAGCAGAACUCCUACCUGUCCUACUCCAUCGCCGACGGGCAGAUCCAGGGCAUGCCCGUGGCCACCUACGUCUCCAUCAACUCGGACAGCGGGCACAUGUACGCGCUGCGCUCGCUGGACUACGAGCAGAUCCGCAACUUCCAGAUCCAAGUGCUGGCCCAGGACGCCGGCUUCCCCCCGCUCAGCAGCAAUGUCACCGUCCACGUCUUCGUGCUGGACCAGAACGACAACGCGCCGGUCAUCGUGGCGCCCGUGCCCCGCAACGGCUCGCUGGCCGUGGAGGUGGUGCCUCGCUCGGCAGACCCGGGCUACCUGGUGGGGAAGGUCUCCGCCGUCGACGCGGACGCCGGCCAGAACUCGCGGCUCUCCUACCAGAUUGUGCAGGCGACGGACAGCAGCCUCUUCAGCGUUGCCUUGUACACCGGCGAGAUCCGCACCAUCCGCGCCUUCCUGGAGAAGGACGCGCCCAGGCACCGCCUUCUGGUGCAGGUGCGCGACAACGGGCAGCCGCCGCUCUCGGCCUCGGUGUCGCUGCUCCUCUCCGUGGUGGACAGCGUGCCCGAGGUGCUGUCGGACUUCAGCGAGUUCCCGCUGGGGCCCGAGUCCGCCUCUUCCACGCUAACCCUCUACCUGAUCGUGUCCCUGGGCUCCGUCUCCUUCACCUUCCUGGUAGCCAUCGUCAUCCUCACGGCCGUCAAGUGCCACAAGGACCGGCUCACCCUGCAGGACUACGGCUGCUCGCUCCCGCCCUGCGGAGGCGGCGGAGGCGGCGGCAGCUGCUGCUCCUGCGACCCCUCGGGGCCCCCGACGGACAUCUUCAAGAACUCCAACCACAUCCACAACUCCCAGGUCCCCUCGGGCAACAAAGGGGCCACCAACUGCGGGGAGGGGGCGGCCGUGGGCGGCCCUCCGGGCUAUUGCUACAAGGUCUGCCUCACCCCGGAGUCGGCCAAGAGCGACUUCAUGUUCCUGAAGCCCUACAGUCCGGCCGCUCCCAGGAACAACGAGAAAGUCCCGGACAACUUGCCACCAGCUCAGGGAAAGACGCCCCGCUUGGCCAAUAAUUCUCUGCAGCCCUCCAGCCAGGUAACCUCUGGGGAGGGAGGGGGGAGCUGUGCCAAAAAGUGUCCGGAAAGUCCCUCGAAAAUGAUUAGGCAACUCUACACGCCCCCCCCCGCCGCCCGCCCCAGUCUUCAAAAAAAUAAAUCCGCGCAGGGCGAAAUCUUUUCAUUCCUGAGCAACUUUUUAAAGAUAAUUACCCGGCCCUUUGAUCAAGUGGCAGCGUCGACAUUAGUAACCAUCAGACAGCAAAAAAUUCUCCACCAGGCUUCUUGCCGUUUUAGUUAAUUAUUUUCAAAACGUCAGGCUCGUUUUAAAUUAGUGGGACGAGCGGAAAGCGCUCAGAAGUGAUACUCGAGCGCCCAUUAAGGCUGAGACGAGGAGCGCGCCGAGGAAUCUGGGACCGGCUCUGUCGAAAGAGAUGACAGCUCCCCUCGCCUGACGGCCCCGCGGCUCGUCUCGCUGCUGCUGCCUGCCUGUCUCUGCCCCUCCCUCUCUCCCUGGCUGCCUCCCACUCGAGGUCUUUCUCCCAGCCCGCGGGAAAGGCGCGAGGUUGGCGUGGGGGUCCCUGGCCAGGCAGCGCAGCUCACCGUAAAGGCAAGGGGUCAACCACCUUCACUCCCUCCCUCUGGCUGAGAGAAUCAGGUGGAGGCGAGCAACCAGCCUCCACUCACUUACUUGGGGGGAAGUCACACUGAAUUCCCUGGGGUUUUCUUCGGAAUAAGCGUGCACAAGCUCUCCCCUCCCUCCCUCCCUCCCUCUCUUUCUUACGCACCCACGCACGACACACACAUCACAUUCCAUAUCAGAGAAGAGAAGGGCUGCAGAGACGGGCCCAGGACAUCGCAGUGAUGGAACCGUGGUCAUGUGGUAAAUGCACCGCGCCUAUAACUCCCCAUAAGGGGCUCUAGCUUAUUCUUUCUCCUGUCAGGGGAGCAAUCCACCAGGCGGCUUUCCUGCUCAAACCUCCUUGAAAUAAAUGACCAGGUCCCAUUCUUUUCAAUGGGUGUGAGCAGGAGAAUUUCCCCGUGCGUGGUGCCCCAGAAUGAGCGCCCCUCGCUCGAUCCCUGUGGGGGAAGGAAGGGGUUAAGGCGGCACUCUGCUGCUGCUGCUGCAGAAGCAGCGUUGGGCUUGACAGAUCUUUCUGCCUGGGAAGGACCAGCCCUGCCUGGUGCUGCGUUUGGCUCCUUCAGAGGCGCCUCCUUACCUUUGCCACGAUCCCAUUUGCUGAGGACCCCUCCGCCCUCCUGGCACCUCUUGAAAUUGAUGCUGAGCUCUUGUCGGUGGCAGGCGAGCGGAGGGAGGUGGAGGCGCUUCGUGGGGGGAGACGAACGCCUUGCUGUUUCAAAGAGCGGAUCACUGGGCUGGUGUAAAAAAGAACAGAAUAGGCUGGCUGCUGCGGGGAGGGGGCGGGGGGAAAGAAAAAACCCUUGACAGAUAGAAAGAGAUUUUUAUGUCAACAUUUGUUAAGCAUAUAAAUGAAUAACGUCUAAUUUUUUCCGAUGAAAUACUAUUUCAAUAACGCGAUUACCCAGGAUGGACGAGGAUGAAAAGCAUAAUCCACUUACAAACAUUUGAAAACCACUUUUAACCAUACAGCCCUUUUUAAACGAGCACAAGUCAUUCUGCAGACAGGUCGUCUUCCUUUUUCACAUUUUCGCUUGGAUCGUUGGACACAGUUGUCUAAUAUGUUAAUGCGAUUUUCCUCUAGUCAGUUACAAACUCCCCCUAGUGACUUGAUGUACGGAGCUGAUUUCCACACCUCUCCGCCUCGGGCGGACCAAGGAGAGAGCAGCAAGGCCACAAAAGCUACCUCGCUACGGGGAGGGAGGCGGCUGGCGCUGCGGGGGAGGGGGAGGGUGAUAAACCUCUCACCGGAAGGCUCCAACAGCAAGACAGAGACAGACAGAGAGACAAGCAGGCCGUGGUCUCUCAGAAGAGAUGGCAUGAAAACGUAUUGGGAGCAUCUCCGGGGAUAUUUAGGGCAUGAAGGAUUGCAUUCAUUCAUUCAUUCCUCUUGAGUUAAAGGUUGGCAUUUUACAGGGGAGGAAGAGGCCCACGCAGCAGGAUCUCCCAGCAAGAGGCCAGGGGGACUUGCCCUUCCCCGUUUCUCAACCUGCUGACUCCCUUGCAGGGCACAUGAGUAGCGCAGAUGGGCGAGAAGCUCCCUCGAGGCCUUUGUGCUUCAGAGAGGGCAGGCGAUCUCGGAAGGUUCCGAGGCCGGGUCACCAUUCUCCAAAGCCCCCUCGCGGAAAAGAGGUGACAGGGAUGAAUCCCCCCGCAGGACUCAUUUCAAGGAGGGAGGACCAUGGAGCUUGGUCCCCGAAGUCGCCCCUGCCUGCCUCGCCCUCCCCUCCCCGCUCUUUCCCAAUCCAGGCGCCUCCUGGUUCAUCUCCUCCCGGGGCGCAGCGCCCCUGACCCACUUGGCGAGGCCUCUCCAUCCAUCCAGGGUGUCACAUUGGCAGGCAGGGAGCGAGGGAGGCUUCCUCCUCCCGCACCCAGUACGUGACCCCCAUGCUAACGAGGCAGGCAUAUUAAGUCAAAGCGCAUAACAAUAGGACAAUAAUUGGGGAUUUUCAAAGUAAGCCGAAGCGAGCGGCGCUUCCAUUUCACAAUCCAGCGAGUCUGACACCGAGAUUAAAAAAACCCACUUCGGCAAAAGCCAAGUCGGAGCGCGCCCGAGAAAACGCAGAAUACCAAUGAGGGGGCCUCUUGGGAAGGAGCUCGGGGCUCUCUGGCUGGGGGGGCCUCGUCGCCCAGCUGUGGGAAGGAGCGCAGCCCCGGCGGAGGGGCUCUAAGCGGCGCCUCCCGGAAAGGGUCUUCCGCAACUGAUCUCAGGCACGGCAGAAACCCCAAAGAAGAGGCGCGGGGGGGGGGGCAGAGACGCGGCUUCCCUUCCUUUCCCUUCGGGCGAGAAAAGACCCCCUCGACCAAAUCUUUCUGAUUAACAGCGGCUGACUGAGAGGAGCCCAAGGAAGUCAGGUUCUGCUAUGUGAUAUUCAAGCUGAGGGCCCCAUUUUUUAAAAUCUCUGCGUUUGAAAACAGGAAAGAAGUACCCAAAGGAGCACUUUCUCAGUAGCUUUCACUUGUAGGUCGGCUGGUCCUUCCAUGCAAACACAUCGCUUGAUUCCUUGACUUUGCAUUACUUAACACUUGAAGGAUCGCAGCCGAGUUUGCUGAACAGACACCGUGGUGUCCGUGGUCCUGUAAGGUGUUACAAAAGUCCUUUCUGUGGAUCAGGGAUGAGUCAGGUUCUCACAUACAGCAAUUCAUGACUUCCUGCUGCAGGCAAGAGGGGAUGAAUUUGCAUGCAAGUACCAACCCAGGGCCUUGUACAACUUUGUAGAACUCCCUGACUGGGACUCAUGGAAAUCAGGCCCCUGCUUCCAAACCAGGUGCAGUCUGGUUCAUGGACCCUGAAAAUGACAGUGGCUUUUGGAGGACCAGAGGGCAGCCCAGCCUCCUUCCUUUCUGCCCAAGGGACACUUCCCUCCUGCCACACCAUAUAGCCUGACAUGUCCCACUGCCAUUCUCUUUCUUCCAGUUAUCCUCUUAGUCCCAAGCAUCCUUCUGCAACUCUCUGCUCCCUGCCACGAACCCCCCCCCCCCAUUCCCACACGCCACUGACUACCCACAAAAUUGUCACACCUGACCAAGCAAGUUUCCGAAUCCUGCCAGCCCAAGCACCAAGAUGUUCACAUCUCCUCCACUGAUGGCUCCAACAUGGUUGCUACCACUGCCACCACCUGCCAAUGCUGGCAAAUAUCAAAGUCCUUGCUCUUCUCUGUACAAUGCUUUAUCUGUUCUGUUCUUCUCAUAGCCCCACUGCAUUAUUUUAGAGGGAAUUAUGCAGGAUUAGCCUUGUGUAUGGGAAGUAGCUGCCAUUAUGAAUUUGCAUCUUUGCUCUAUUAAAGUCAUGGCUUCUUGGUGCUGAAAGUAGUUAAAUAAUUUGCCUGAAGUGUGUACGGAAGACCCUGAGGGGGCCUAAUUAGGCCUCUGUGCCUUAUGUUUUAUGACCCUGCUGUAAAACACUGCUAGCUGCUAUGCCUAUUGAAAACACAAAAGGCUGGCAGAACAGCAUCCAUUGGUCAAGUGUAAUGAAGGCAGACAUUCUACUCAACAUCUGCUUUUUCUCAUUUGCAGGUGAAACAACCCAAUACAGACUGGUUGCCAUCUAAGCAAUCAACAUUGAAGAGGUACUGGUGUUGGUCUGGGUCAUUUAGUCAUAAAGCAAUGGCUAUGGAGCAUGUUAGGUGUUCUUACCCUAAUCUUGGAUAACUCUGUUUAUUUGCUCCUCUUUUUUAGUUCACAGAGCCUAGAGGAUGUAGGGGGAGUUCGUCGAGGAAUCCAGAAGGAACAUGACAGGUUGCGCACUUUGGUCACUCCAGUCUCUGGUGAGUUUUGAUCCUUGGAUUCCUAGAAUAGUAUAUUAAGAGCUGUUGGUAUACGUCCAUCAAAUGUUUAACUCCCAUACUCCUUUGGAGUGCUCAAUUCUUGCCAUAUUUACAUUUAUUUUGUUUUACUAGUUGAACUAAGCUAUGGUGUGUAGAUUUGUAGGGGUGGUUCAGUCCCAGCCCUUCAAGAUUUUAUUUUGCUGACUUAGACACUUCAUAUGGAAGCUCAGAUAUGCUAUUGGGAACUGGAUGGAGCAUAUCUCAUGAAUGGGACUAUGUUUGAUGUGCUGUGAUCCCCCUGAGAUUUUCUUUCUGUCAAUAGAUAACAUUUUCCCUUUUCACAGAGCUCCAGAAGGCACCUGGUGCCUCAAACAGCAUCUGGACACCUCGGUAUGCUCCUGUGUACUCACAGCACAUGUCCCCUCUGGAUUACCAGCACAACGUGUAUAUUCCGGGGACCCCUACUAUGCCUGCCAAUAAGGAUGGGCCUCUGUUUCUGGAUCAGGAAGCCAAAAACAGCUUCUCUACUUUUGGAAAGAGGAAGAAAAUGACCACAUAUUGUGAUAUACAUGACAACAUGGUUAUUAACAAUAACUUGAAAUAA